AUGGAUGAGGCCAAGAGAAUUAUUCAUGAAAUGCCGGUGAAGAAUGUUGUAUCGUGGACCACGAUUUUGUUUGGGUAUGCGCUGAAUGGGUUAAUGGAUGAGGCCACAAGAAUCUUUAAUGAAAUGCAUGUGAAAAAUGAUUUAUCGUGGAAUACGUUUUUGUAUGAGUACGUGCAAAAUGGGUUAAUGGAUAAGGCCAGAAGAGUUUUUGAUGAGAUGGCACGUAGGGAUUCGAUCUCUUGGACGACAAUGAUAGCCGGGUACAGUCAAAAUGGCGGCGAAGAGGCAUUACGGUUUUUUAUUGAGGCGACAAAGGAUUGGAAAAUGUUAAACAAUUAUGCCUUUGCUAGUGUUUUAAGUUUGUGUGCAGAUAUUGCCGCUUUUGAGCUUGGCAAACAAAUACAUGGACGUGUUGUUAAAGGAGGAUUUGAGUUCAAAUGCAAUGUGGGAAGUGCUCUUGUUUCCAUAUAUUAUAUUGCCGCUUUUGAGCUUGGCAAGCAAAUACAUGGACGUGUUGUUAAAGGCUAUGAUGUUUUCAAAAGAAUUGAAGAUAAAGAUGUGAUAUACGGUGGGAGUAGCAGUUGCCAGGGUGGGAGGAGGAUGAGGGGGGUAUUCAGCCAUGGUGGGAGGAGAAGUGGGGUGAGGAGAAGGGUAUUCAGCCAGGGUGGGAGGAGGAGGAGGAAUGGGGUGAUCAGCCCAGGGUGGAUAUUGCCGCUUUUGAGCUUGGCAAGCAAAUACAUGGACGAGUUGUUAAAGGAUAUGAUGUAUUCAAAAGAAUUGAAGAUAAAGAUGUGA